AUGGCAAGAAAACGUAAAGUUGGCGACUUUCGAGAGAUCCAGGACACGAACGAAAAGCUUAGCCUGUUUGCCGAAAGAAAAGAGAUGACAAAGCUGACAAGAAUUGUGGAGUCAUGGGAAUUCACUUGCUCCUUUUGCUUCAAGAAGUUCCCCUCGGCUCAGGCGAUGGGCGGCCACCAAAAUGCCCACAAGCGCGAGCGCUUGGAAGAAAGGCGCCUCUACAUAAGGGACCCGAUUGCCUACCGCAAACGGGCCUACAUCAAGGCCAUGAAGGAAGCCCACUCGACCGGCGGCCCAACAAAGCCUCUCUCUAUAGUUCCUAAUAAUAAAAACUAUUUUUGCCAGCCUAUGAAAACAGAGGACGAAAGCCCGAGUGUGGUGGUGCCAAAGGAGCUCAGGCUUGUCGACUGUGUCGGUGCGCGCGUGGAAAUUGGUGUCGAUGGGUUUGGAUUGGAUUUGGAGAAGAAGGUGGAUUUGACUCUCAAGCUGUAA